GUUACUAUUGGCACGGCAGGCAAGGCAACGGAUCUGAUCACACAGAACGUGUUCAUGGUGAAGGACUCGGAGAAGAUCUCCCGCCUGCAGCGCCUUUUGGAAGGGAUUGGGGAGGACCGCACGGCCAUUGUGUUUGUCAACACCAAGAAGACGGCCGAUGGUGUUGCCAAACAGAUCGACAGGAUGGGGUUCAAUGUGACGACGCUGCAUGGAGGCAAGACGCAGGAGCAGCGGGAGGUCAGCCUGGAGGGCUUCAGAACGAAGAAGUUCAACGUGCUGGUGGCCACGGAUGUGGCCGGCCGUGGUAUUGACAUCCCGGACGUGGCACAUGUCAUCAACCUUCGACAUGCCAGGCAAACAUUGAGAUGUACACUCACCGCAUUGGGCGAACGGGGCGUGCAGGCAAAGACAGGCGUGGCCACCACCUUCCUCACGCUGCACGACUCGGAGCUCUUCUACGACCUCAAGCAGAUGCUUACUCAGAGUGGUUGUGCCGUACCUCCCGAAACUCGCCCGGCACGAAGCUGCCAAAUUCAAACCAG